AUGAAGAAAGACAUAAUGCGGAGGAAUUCCGAUAGUAUUGAAACUUACGAAGUUUCCACAGAAGAUGGAUAUAUUUUAACUUUACACAGACUACCACAAGUUAAACCAAAAGGCGUAAUAGUUCUUUUACAUCCUAUUACAACGGAUGGUAUUGUAUUUUUAUUGGAAGGACCCACUUCACCAGCAAUUCGAUUUCAUAAUGAAGGUUACGAUGUUUGGAUUCCAAACCAUAGAGGUACCCCGUACUCACAAAAACACAUUAAUGAUGAUAUUAGAAAUUAUUGGAAUUUUGGGUUUCAUGAGAUUGGUAUUUAUGAUUACUCAGCUAUUAUCCAAUUUAUCGGUGAGAAAACCGGAAGAAAUGAUUUAGUCGUAAUCGGGCAUUCCAUGUCCAGCACGUCUUCUUUGGUAUAUGCUUCGUUGAAACCCAAAGAAGCAGAAAAAUAUGUUAAAGUGUUUGUUUUAAUGAGUCCGACCGCCUAUUUUCAAAACUUGGAAACGCCUGUACAGAUGGUCUGCCCUUUCAAUGACGUUGUAGAGAACUUUUUGAAUAAAUUUCAAUUCCAUUCGCUGCUGACCCAAGAAGGUUACGAAACUUCCCUGAUAAAAUUUUUCGCCACCCAUCCAAUGAAACACCUCUUCAUCUACUUUACCGAUUUUUUGUUCGGCUUCACCAUGGAUUACGAACCGGCAAUUUUUAACAACCUACUUUCAAACUUUCCCAAAUCUUCUUCAAUGAAAGCCUUCUAUCAUUACGCGCAGAUCUGCAAAGGGGAUGGGUUGUUUAGAAUGUACGAUUACAAAAGAACGAAAAACGUGCAGUUUUAUGGUUCGUCCGUGCCACCGGAAUAUCCCGUCUCGAAUAUCACUGUGCCAAUACAUUUAAUAGCUAGUAAGGCUGACACUUGUUCAACUGUUAAGAAGGAAAUUAUAGAAAGGCAUAUAGGCAAAGGAAGUAGCGAAAAUCAUACAGUCACCACCAAAGAUGGGUAUAUUUUGACAUUGUUUAGAAUUAUUAGAAGAAAUCCUAGAGGCGUCGUAAUCCUUCAACACCCUGUAACCUGUGAUGGUGUGGUGUGGGUAGCCCAAAGUAAUGAAUCUUUAGCUUUUACAUUAUGGAAUAUGGGUUAUGAAGUAUGGUUACCAAAUCACAGAGGAACUCAUUAUUCUAGUAAACACGUAAAUUUAACUACAAACGAUAUUAAAUAUUGGCAAUUUAGGUAA